AUGCCUUCUACAAGAUAUCAAAAACUAGCAACAAUAUCAGACAGCCAUCAUGAUAAUGAAGGCUCAUCAACUACCACAUCACAGCAGCAAUCAGAUUUACAGGAUUCUUUUGGAGAAUCAUUUGAUAAAGAUGAAGAUGAAGAUAAUGUUACAACGGUAACAGAUAGGCUUCUUGAAUACCACCAGCAAGAUACAUCUUCGUCACAUAAUGGAAUACAACCAGCCAUCUUACCAAUAUCAAAUGAUGGUGUUUUUGCCAAUAUAUCAGCAAAACCAGAUAAUAAUAAAUUAGAAGAAACACCUCCUACUUAUGAAGAAGCAGCAGCAGAUGCCACACCUCCUUAUUGGCAAACAACAAUCAUUACGCCAAUAAGUAUAGGUGACUUUAUAUUAGUUGAAGGACUGCCUGUUGGAUCUAUGUUUUCAUUUUUUUGGAAUUUAAUAAUUUCUGCAAGCUUUCAAUUUGUUGGAUUUAUGUUGACUUAUUUAUUACACACUUCACAUGCAGCAAAACAAGGAUCACGAGCUGGCCUCGGUGUAUCAUUAGUUCAGGCCGGAUUUUAUAUUCGUGGUGGCACAUUAGAAGAUGAUGAAUAUUAUCCUGAUGGAGGGCAAUCCUCUUCAAAGACAAUGGAAGACAAGCUUGAUAUUAAUCUUCUUUCUUACCUUUUUAUGAUCAUGGGCUGGCUUUUUAUUUUUCAUUCUUUAGCUCAGUAUUUUAAAGCAAAACAAAUGGAAAGAAUAAUUACUUCUCAGCCAACCACUGCAGAAGCAAUGGUUUAAACUUAUUAAAGUAGAAGCCAUGAUAUGUCAAAUUGUGAAAAAUGCAAUUUAUUAGCCUUUUUUUUUUCCAUUCAUAACACUGAUAAUAUAAUAAAAUGGAGAUAACAAUAUUGACAUAAUCAAAGCGAAAUCUUUAGUCUUCUUUGAUCUGAUAGUUAUAAUAAGGGUCUAUAAAGUACUUUUAUAUAUAAAAUAAAGAUAU